CUCUGGUGUCAAAUAUGGUUGCUGAAAACAAGAAAAAAAUGUUGCGAAUGAUGUAGUUUUUUAUCGAAAAUAGUGCUGAUUUUUGCUUCUUUCGGCAAUAAAUAUUGUGCAACGACAUACUUUAAGUGCUUGGGAUCGCGGAAAUCGAAUAGAGACGAUUUUUCUACGAAUCGUGUCGCAAAAGUUCCAGUGAUGAUGUUUUCGUUGUUUUGAUUGGGUGCCACACGAAAAGAAGAAGAAAAAAAAUCGAAUGAAUGUUGAUAAUAUUGGCAGGGCCAGGCGAAUUCACCAGAACCUGCUACGAGAUCCGGCCACAAUGUCACCAUUGUGGACUGCAAAAUACGACUACCAAGCGCAGGGCGACGAUGAGCUCUCGCUGCGAGUCGGACAGAUCGUUUUUGUGCUCUCAAUGGAUAGCAAUAUAUCGGGUGAUGAGGGUUGGUGGACGGGUAAAAUUGGCGACAGAGUUGGGAUUUUCCCAUCUAAUUUCGUCACGAAUGAAGAUCCAGCGGUGUUGAACGUACAGCCAGUGGAAAUAAAGUUCGAGGAGUUAAGCCUCAAGGAGGUAAUUGGUGUUGGCGGCUUUAGUAGAGUUCAUCGUGCUUUCCUUAAUGGAGAGGAAGUGGCAGUGAAAGCUUCGCGGCAGGAUGAGGACAUCAACGAAGCUCGCGAAAAUGUACUGCAGGAGGCGAAGCUCUUCUGGUCCUUGAAGCAUCCAAACAUUGUUACGCUGCGUGGGGUGUGCCUCGAGCCGCCAAUUCUUUGUCUCGUAAUGGAAUACGCGCGCGGAGGAUCGCUGAAUCGGAUACUGGCCGGCCGCAAGAUUCCACCGAACGUUCUUGUGGAUUGGGCAGUGCAAAUUGCUCGCGGAAUGAAAUAUCUGCACUGCGAGGCUCCUAUUUCUGUAAUCCACAGAGAUUUGAAGAGCUCAAAUGUACUGAUUAGUGAACCGGUAUCGAGUGAUGAUUUGAAGAACAAAGUUCUCAAGAUAACAGAUUUCGGUCUCGCACGUGAGGCCUACAAAACCGAAAGGAUGUCCGCCGCAGGAACCUACGCCUGGAUGCCACCGGAGGUCAUUCGGGAUGCCACAUACUCAAAAGCCUCGGACGUGUGGAGUUACGGUGUGCUGCUGUGGGAAUUGCUUACCGGCGAGACGCCAUACAAGGGAUUUGACUCACUGUCGGUCGCGUACGGCGUGGCCGUCAACACUCUAGCCCUGCCAAUACCCAAGACUUGUCCCGAGGCGUGGGGAAAGCUGAUGAAGUCCUGCUGGGAAUUGGAUCCUCAUCGGCGACCCUCGUUCAGGGAUAUCGAGAAAGAUUUAGAUAUUAUCGCACGGUCUGGAUUUGCGCAAACACCUCACGAAUCAUUCCACACGAUGCAAGCCGGCUGGAAAGAGGAGAUUGCCGAAGUGCUUCAGGAACUGCGUAAAAAGGAAAAGGCCUUUAAACCUUUUGAGGAGCAACUACGCAACAAAGAGGAAGAGCUCAGCCGCGUGCAGCGUCAGCAGCGCUGCAAGGAAGAAGAUCUCGAGAAGCGUGAAAAAGAGCUCAACGAGCGCGAAAUCGAGCUGCUGGGUCGUGAGCUGAACAUCAUCAUCACGCAGAACACGCCGACUCCCAAAAAGCGCAAGGGAAAGUUCAGCAAGAGCAAACUGAGGUUGCUGAAGCGAGAACCGGGCCAGAUAUCCUUUCCGUUGGACUUUCGUCACACCAUCACGGUGCAGCACACGACUAUUCGGGACGAGCCCCGGCAGCGCACGGACACUCCACCGGGCUCGCCGGCCACCAGACUGAGAGCCAUAGCACUUCCGGCCGAUGGUAUCAAGGGUAAAACCUGGGGACCAUCGACCCUGCAUCAGCGCGAGCGAGGUCACUUGCCGGCACUGCGCACGACGGUUCGGACGCCUCAUUUCAGUAAGAGUGCCCCCAAUCUGGACAAAUCCCGCACGAUGGCGAUGUCCGCGAGCUCGUCGCGUAAUGAAAUACUAGAUUAUGACACGGACGAGUGGUACCCGUCUAAUCUUACGGUGGCCGGCGACUCCUCGCUGAAUACGCCCCUUUGCACUAGUCUGACGCGGUUCAGUGGCCUUCCGAGCACGAUCCCGAUGCCAACGCUGUAUGCUUCCGAGGGACAGCGCAAGCCAAAGUUGUCGAUCAUAGAGUUAGUGUUGUACAAUAUUGCUUCGAUGUUGGCGGGAGUCGCCUCCGGAUACGACGUCCGGAUAUCGAACGUAACGCCUCUCCAUCCACGGUUGCAUCCCUCUUCGGGCCUGAGUGAGGGGUAUCAAUCCCUGCCCAGUCCCUACCACCAGCUGCGACUCGCUCCGGAACAGCUACCCAUACUUCCAUUACCGCAACCGCUGAUAGAUGGUAACGUCGAGGAGGAAUACACCGAUGUACGCAACGAAAAACCAAUUCCAUACACCCACAACACUUAUCACGGUCCGAUAAAACACAGCAGAACACCCCUUUCAUCGCUAAGCCCGCGCCAGGACGAUCGGCCACUCCGGUUUACCGAUUCCCCCCAGCACUAUCUACCCUCGAUGAUGUCGACCACGAGCGGCCUCGGCUCGAACUACACUCCGUCCGGGCCGAGCUCAUCGCUGAGUGGCGGAGGAGGCGGUGGUGGAUCCGGAACGCAACCUCCGACGCCGUCACCGCGGCGAAAAUCCAGCACCACUUCCUUCAUCGAGUACGGCGAACUGCCGGAGGAACACGAGAGUAGAGCGGGUCUCUACAUACCCGGAGAUUACGUGAACUAUCCGCAGCAGAACAACGCCGGACUUUACACCGCCGGAAGCAGCGCGGGAUACUUUGGCUCAAGUUAUUUCCCGUAUCGACCUGAAAUUAACUUUGCUUUCGAGCGAGAAACCAAGUCCUACGGAGGCGAGCCAGUGUACGAGGAUCACCAUUACGACAGUGCGUCCUACCAUGAUUAUGCGUACGACGGAGCGAGCAGCAGUGGCCGGUUCAACGUCCCAACGCGUGUUCCGGCGAUGGGUGUCAGCGCCGCGGGUCAUCGGCGAACUUUAUCGAACGUUUCCAACCCGCCCACCACCAGCAUUAUCAACCAAGGGUUUCAUCUUGAUCAGGACGACGAUGUGGAGUUGGUAGACGAUGCGAUUUACGGUUUGAACCAUUUCUACAUCGGCAGUGGCCAGCAACAACAGGUUGCCGGUGCUGCCAAAGUGCCCGACAGCACGUUGAUUCCUAGUCGUAUGCACGAGUACGAAAACAUUCCAAACUACUUUAAGAGGCAAACUAGUCUAAACAUUGGAUAUUCGGGUCAUUUCUCCAAUGAGUAUGUAAAUAUUAGUAACCACGAACGGCCUGCUAGCUUAGGAUUAGAACACGGUGGCUUAGCACAGACUGCUGGGGCAGGUUCCCAGGUCAAGUUACGGUCUAGUUUGAAGAAGUAUAAUAAUACUCAACAGCAGCAGCAUCACAGCAAAUACAGCACCGGGUCAAGUGGAAGUUGUGGCACGCCAAUGACAGCAAAUCCUACGCCACCGGAUAGUCUCACUAGUGAUGACAGUUCGUACCUUAGUGCAAAAGAUAACUCGUCUUCGGUUUCAUCUCAAAGUCGCGUUCGGUUCACUCCUGAACUGCUGCUGGAGCCACAACAGCAACAACAUGUGCAGCAACUGGAUCUCGUUUCACACGUUCCACUCAAGCGGAGGUCAUCCGCCGGGGCUGCGACGGUGACGGCAGCAUCCUCUGCCGCUACAGGACGACGUUCCAAUGUGAGCGAAUCCGGACAAUCCUAGCAGUACGCCAAGACCUAUAUGGUGUAACUUUUGAUUUUCUCCUCCCUUUUGGUGCACUUAUUGACUUGCGCACUUUUUAUGAGCAAAAAACAAUGGGAAAGUGAUAAGAGGAUUAAGAGAUCAGAGAGGAACGCCAUUUCGCAACCGACGAAGGAAAAAGAUUACGUUCUUAAAGUAUUUUUUUAUUGCAGUAUUUAACGGAAAACGAUUGCAUAUAAAAUCAGAAUAACUUUAGCUUCCAGCCGUGCUAACCGUGCUCAGCGAAAAUUAAUCAGUGCAGUGAAGAAGACACGCGAUGAAUGCUUCCUUCUCUUGAAGCGGCAGGUAGGUAAAGUGUAAUAACUUUGUGUACACUCAGCCGAGAAGCACUUUGCACCGAGCGAGUCUUUGCAUUAUGAUGGAAAUGGGAGCCUUUGCAGCUUAGUUUAUGGUCCAUUUUCGCGCUCUUCCGAAGCAUAAAUAACCACCUUUUAGAUGGUAAAUUUGCAUCUCCAAAGUCUCCCGAGAAGAAGCUGCUGCUCAUAAUCAAGCAUUGGAUUAUCUUAAGAGGAUUAUUUCAAUCCGACACUUUAAACUUCUGCAUCGAUGCCCGACAGAACUUUGCUCUGCCUCUGCUGCUGCUGCUGCUGCUGCUGCUUUUGAAAGCUGCUAAUGGUUGCCACCGGCGGGCCACGUAUAUCUAUGCUUGUAUACUUCGACUUGCAGCCAAUCGAUAAAUUAAUUUGGCAAACUCUCUUGUAACUAUGCCACCGCGCCAAGUGCCGCCUCCCCGACAGUGGCGACGCUCGAAAACUUUGGAAUCUUUCCGUUCAAUUUGCUCGCAGCUCCUCGGCAUCAGCAUUCAGACGAAGAGCGGGCAAGGUUUAAGCCUUGUUUCACUUUUGUUUUACGGGUUUAAUGGCGUGCCACGUGUUAUUCUCAACCUUUGGCCCACACCCCGUUCAGCAGCAGAACGUGAAGUAAUGGAAAGUGUACAUUUUCGCAGCACCAUUUGACCCUCGACGCCCCGGGUUUACUGUCAAUACAUGUUCCCGAGUUGUGGCUUGUUUUUUUCUUCACUUUUUCUCUUCAGUUUCACAAACACACUUCAGCAUGGUGCUCACGUUAUGCCAUCCCCCUCCCCCCUCGUGUUGUUUGUUAUCGGUUUGGUGUAUGAUUGCAGCAGCAGCAGCAGCAGCAAGAAAGCUUCCCCGAGCACACUUUUUAUGAGUCUUAUUUUGAUGCUCCCACUUGGGUAUGGCGAACACGUAUCGCAUUCGCUGCAGAGAGAGAGAGACCGGCUGCAGCUCGAGCAAUUUUCCCACGCGGAUCGCACUCAACAAGUUGCGUGAGGACGAGACGCACGCGAGGACGUAAUCCCGCGUUUGUUGUGUGUUUUUCAAUUCCCUAAGGUAAAUGUUCCAUUAGUGACGACAGUAGGUGCCAUUAUGGCUAACGCGUUGCUGGAAACAAUGCUUAUUCGCCGAGGAAAGGUGUUACGAGGUCGUAAAACGCAUUAAAUAUUUGAUUUUUAUUAACUUUCUCUGUAUUUUGUUAUUUUACAAAUCUUUAUGAAAAAAGUCUAAAAGAUUUUCAGUUUUAUUGCUGAAAAAAACAUAGUAGAUUAAUUGAACUCGAAGAAUAAUGCACGCCAUUAAAGUUAAUUCUAACGAUUAAAUGUUGGUGGAGAAGCGCUGCCGUUCUACGUAUAAUUGUCCCAUGUUCAAAAAAGAGCAACUGAGAAAAACGCGAUUGAAAUUUUUCGAGCGUUUUUUUUUUGUUUCCGCGCAUAAUUGUCCCGUGGGUCCCUAUUCACCUCAUAAGUCCCUAAUCAUCCCAGUUAGCAGUUUAUCACUCUUAUUUGUAAUCCUCCUGCUAUACAAAAGGUAAACGAGACACAAUACAGUACUUGUUCGGUAACUGGGCUGAGAACGUAGCCCAGUCACCGAAUGCUGCUCGCUAACUGAGCUGAAAGAAAAAUAACGAGGGGACCACCGAUGCGUAAUAUUUUCCUGAUGAAAUAUAAAAAUAAAAGUUAAUAAAAUUUAGUUACAAACCUUACUUUUGAUAGUUCUUUAAUUGUGACUUGAAAUUGAAUAAAAGUUUCAAAAUAGUUUUUUUUUAUUUAUUAAACAUGAUUUUUGCAUCCUUUAACCCCUCGGUCAUUCCGGUUUGUUUUGGUUU